CCUGAUUCUACCAACAAUACUUUGAACCUGUGGGUCCACGGCUGUUCUGCAUACAGAGGUGGAGGCGGCGGAGUGCCCCAGGUUUUCCUGACGGCGCAGCAUAAUUCCCAUCCUAGGCUUAGAGUAAAUGUAGAAGGAGAUAAUUUAGGUAGUUUGUCCGUAUCUUGGCUCCCCCGCUCUUCUCACUCACUUCUCUUAGCAUCCUUGGGCCUAGAGUACGAUCACCUACGAAGACGAUGUCUGUCAACCCAUCAACUUCCAUUCAAACUUACCAUGCCAACUGUCACUGUGGCAUGAUCACAUUCUCCGUGAGAUUACCGGACCUAGCUUCAUCAAAGGUCGUAUCUUGCAACUGCUCUAUAUGCACGAAGAAUGGGUAUCUUUUCGUGUAUCCCAAGUGUGAAGAUGUUAUCUUCCACUCUGGCGAGCUCAAAAUGACAUCCUACCGUUUUGGACAUGCCAAGAAGGAACAUAAGUUCUGUCCGACGUGCGGGACUAGUAUCCUCAUCGAUUUCUCCCAAGCAGAUCGAGAGAUCGAGAGGCAAGUCACCGCGAUAAAUGUGCGGACAUUUGUCGGAGCUGGAGAUCUCAUAAAGGACCUAGAUUUAAAACAUGUUGAUGGGAAAACCAAGCUCGGGCCAGCCUAUAUCGAACCUCUCCCUUGAGAAAUAAGCAUGGUUCAGAAUAGAAAUCAUCGAAUCUUAAUCUUCUUGAUAAAUAUCUGAAAAUGUCUUCACUGUGCCAUUUGUCUAGCUUAGAUGAGGGGAAUGGCCUGUCGGGCAAUGGCAAUGUUACGAACUCUCUCUGUUGGGAAAAUCGCAGAUCAGGUCUCAUCGGCCUGAGCGCUUAAAAGCUCCUUCCGCUUUCUUCUGUCAUCACGUGACUAUGAUCUAGCUGAUCUAUGUGAUCUGCCUCAGAUCACACAGAUCACAUAGAUCACAAACUCCAUUCUUCAGUUUUACGCACAUACUCUAUAUUUAUAUGAUAUUAAUAUUCCCCUUUGUAUUUAGUCAUUCUUUUGUAGUUAUUUAUUAACUUCGAUAUGAAUUCUAUUCAUUGACUACUAUCCAGACUCCUAUCUGUGUAGAAUAGUGGUAGGAGCCCCUGAAAGCC